CUUCCACCAUGUGACCCUCUGAAACCCAGCCCUUCCUCUCUGAUCCCUGUCUGCAACUCCACACACCCACCAUAAUUAAUUCUUUAUUUUUAUUUUUAUUUUAUCAUUGUUUCGAUUUUUCAAUUCCAAUUAUUCAUCAAAGAUUUGAACUUUCCCCUUACUGUUUCUUUGUAUUUUUUUUUUUUAGUCCAAUUCCAAAAACGAAACGCCAACAAACCCACUACUAAUCUCCCAAUCCCAUCACUAUUCCUUCGUUUCCACUCAUCACCACACCAAGAACCGAAAGCCAUCUCCCAACCACUUAAACCCUUCCAUUUUUUCACAUCAAAACUUGAAUAUUUUCUGGGUUUUUAAAUGCGAUGGUGGAGCUGCAGCAGCAGAUCAAGAGAGCCCCAAGAGCCACAGGCUUCUAUGUUAGGAUGAAGCUCCUGCCCACCACCAAAAAUGGAGGAAGACUAGUUCCCCAAUUGGAAAAAAAGAACUUCUUUUACAGAUAUUGCAAAUGGGUCCUCUGGCUCUCCCUCUCCCUCUACUUCUUCAGCUCCUUCCUCAUCAGCAACCACAACGAAGAACAAAACAAACCCACCACCUCCCUCUCCACAACCCAUUUCUCCACCUUCGCCGCCCGCGCCCUUAUCGAAUCCGCCACCAUUAACAACGCAACAAAACAAGGCACAUUGUUCGACGGAUUAAGGGUUUACGUCUACGAUUUGCCGCCGAAAUACAACACGGAUUGGCUAAAAAAUGAGAGGUGCAGCUCCCACCUGUUCGCCUCCGAGGUUGCCAUUCACCGGGCCCUGCUGACCAGCGACGCGUUGACCGUUGACCCCUAUGAAGCGGACUUCUUCUUCGUCCCUGUCUACGUGUCCUGUAACUUCAGCACCGUCAAUGGCUUCCCGGCGAUCGGCCACGCCCGAAAUCUCAUUGCCUCCGCGAUUGACUUAGUCCGGGCGGAAUACCCGUUCUGGGAACGGACGCACGGCGCCGACCACGUCUUCGUCGCCGCCCACGAUUUCGGUUCUUGCUUCCACACCAUGGAGGACGUGGCAAUUUCGGAUGGGAUACCCGCAUUUUUGAAGAACUCGAUCGUAUUGCAGACGUUCGGCGUGACGCAUCACCACCCAUGUCAAGAGGUAGAGAAUGUGGUCAUUCCGCCGUACGUCUCCCCGGAAAAAGUACGGGCGACGCUGGAAAACUUUCCGAUAACCGGCCGACGGGAUAUCUUCGUCUUCUUCCGAGGGAAGAUGGAGGUCCACCCCAAGAACGUCAGCGGCCGAUUUUACAGCAAGCGGGUGAGGACGGAGCUAUGGCGGAAGUAUAACGGCGACCGGAGGUUUUACCUGCAGAGGCAGCGGUUCGACGGUUACCAAUCGGAGAUCGCGCGGUCGAAAUUUUGUCUGUGUCCUCUAGGGUGGGCCCCGUGGAGUCCGAGGCUGGUAGAAUCAAUCGCUUUGGGCUGCGUGCCGGUGAUCAUAGCUGACGGGAUCCGGUUGCCGUUCGACAACGUCGUUCCGUGGGCGGAGAUAUCGGUGAACGUCGCGGAGAAGGACGUGGGAAAAUUGGCGGAGAUACUCGAACACGUGGCGGCGACCAACUUGACUUCCAUUCAAAAGAAGUUGCGGGACCCGCGCGUUCGAGGUGCCCUACUGUUCAACGACCGGGUCCACGAAGGCGACGCCACGUGGAACGUUCUUUCCGCUCUGGCGACCAAGCUGGGCAGGUCACACCGGCGGUCAAGGGUUUCGAACCAGUGACGCAACGACGCGUGGACGAUUGGAAUUUUGAGAGGAGAAUUGAAACAGCCUGCCAGCCGAUGGAUGCGCUUGGCAAGUGGUGUACCGGAAGACAGACGGGUAUCUUUUAUAGAUUGCGAGGUGGGUGGGACCCACGAAUGUCAGGUGGCGAGUUCCACGUGGUUGGCCGGAAGAUGGCAGCGUAGUACGGUUAAUACUCAUGUACAUGUACCCGAAACAAAUACUGUAAAUAAGUUUAAUUAUUAAAAAUAGAAAAAGUAAAAAUAAAACACCCAUUCUUUAUUGA